AAAAUAACUGAUGGAUUGGAGAAACAAAUUGGAUUUAAUAUAGAAUAAGAUUAGAGGAUAAUUACAUGCUCGCAAAAUAGAUGACUUGGAAGGAGUGUAUUAACUAAUGGCAGAAUUUGAUAGAGAUAACUCUGGUAUUUUAUGUUGUAAAUAAAGGGUAUUUGGAUAAGGAUGAGUUUCAAAAGUUCUUAUCUAAGAUAGGUGUAUUUCUAACAACUUAAGAAUUGAGAGCAGUGUAUGAUAAAUAUGACUAAAAUAAAGAUGGAAAUAUUGCAUAUGCAGAGUUUGUGAAUUUAAUUAGAGAAAAUAUGAGCGAGAAGAGAAUAAACGUUGUUAGAAGCACUUUUUCAUUUUUGGAUUAAUCCAGAUAGGGAAGAUUAUAAUUAGAAAGUCUUUAUAGACUUUAUCAGGCUAAAAAUCAUCCUAGAGUAAGAACAAGAUAGAAGACAUCUGAAUAAAUCACAAAGGAAUUUGUGAAUGCAAUUUCAAAACGUAGUAAAGAUGGUCAAAGUAUAAAUGAAGAGGAAUUCUUAAAUUAUUAUGCUGAUUGUAAUGCUACUCUUCCAAGUGAGAAGGAAGAGUACUUCACAGAUGUAUCUAUAAAUGAAUAAUAUUUGAUAGUUAUUAACAUCCACUUGGGGAGUGACAUCUGGUGCUGAUUAUGUAUCUCCAGAGAGAUUAGCUCAAUUGGAAAUUAUUUUAUUUGAAAAAAUCAGACAAAAGACAGUCACCAAAGAUGAUGAAGGAAAGACAGCCAAAAAAGCCUUUAUGUACUUUGAUUUGGAAAACAAAGGGACAAUAGAUAUAUAUUAGUUUGCAUAAGCAUUAUAAAAGUUUGGUUGUGUUUUCAGCGAAAAAGAGAUUUAAGCAUUAUUUAAUAAAUACGACGCUGAUAAGAGUGGAAGAUUAUGCUAUGAUGAAAUCUGUGGAUUGAUAGCAUUAAUGGGAUCAGGAAAUAAUGCAAAUGUCAAUCCUGUAUUUUAGAUUGCCAGGGCUCCUCCUUAAGAUACUUUGAAUAGAAUUAGAAAUGAUCUAAUAAAAAAAGGAUAGCAUUCUGUCAUAAGAAUGGCAACUAUUUUUACGAAUUCUGAUAAAAAUAAGAAUGGAACAUUGAAUAGAUAAGAAUUUCAAUGGGCUAUGAAAGAAUCUGGACUGUUAUUAACCAAAACAGAGUAUGAUAAUUUGUUUAGAUAUUUUGAUAAAAAUUGUGAUGAUGAGGUUUCCUUUGUUGAAUUCAUUGCUUUUGUAAGAAGUAAUUAUAUAUAUAUUAUCCUUAAAAGAACCACUUUCUUAAUAUAGAUUGGAUUUGGCAAAUUAACUUUGGAAUAGAAUUUCAAACGGCGAAUCUUAAAUCAGCUCUUAAUUACUUAAAUGUAAGUAUCUAUUUAAAUCAAGAAUAUUAUGAUUCAUCAAAGAGUCAUGAUGUAAACACAAAUAUUAAGACAGUAGCUGAUGCCAACAAGGAUUUUCAUGACAUAUGGAAAGAUAUUUAAGUUGUUAAUCAAUAGCAUUUCAUAGAAUAUUUAACAGAUAUUAGUGCACUUAUUGACAAUGACUAAGCUUUUGAGAAGUUUAUAAGAUAUGCAUGGAAAUGAAUACCAU